AUGCAGUGCCACUUCAACUGCAGCAACUGCUUACUGCAUCUACGAGUAGCUCAAGACGAACCUGCAACGGCGGAGUUCUCUGGCAUUAAACCCAGCCCGCUCCAGCGUUCACCUAUACAGCCAAUCUCCCAUACGUGUUUGCAAAGUUUAUACGGGCCGCUCUUGGCCUGGCAUUCUGACCACACUGCGACCGAAAGGGAUUCCACAUUUCUGAGUUACUGCCGACCCGGGGCGUCUCGAAUGUCCCUGUUGCACGCGGGUGUGUCGCGUUGGGUGGGUGGUGCGACGCGUGAAGGCGGCACAUGCUACUAG